AUGGAUGUUGAAUUAGAAAAUAUUUUAGGCAAAUCCGACGAAAUAUCAAAACUUUUAUUGAGUAAAAGUUUUCGAGAAAUUGUCAAUUGUUUUGAUAAACUUUUAAAAUCGGAUGAUAAUAAACCGAAUAGAUUAAAUUUACUUGAAGCUAUUUUGGUUGGUGUUAGUAAACAUGAACAAUUGUUAGAAAUAUAUGAACAUAUUGUUGAUUAUCUAUGGUCAAAACAAUUGGAUACUAAUCUGAGGCUAAUAUUUUUUUCAUUUCUAAAUAAUAAUACAAAAAUUAAAAAAUUCUACUUAUCAUCAUUAUUAUCACUAAAUCUUUCAAUGGAUGUUGAAUUAGAAAAUAUUUUAGGCAAAUCCGACGAAAUAUCAAAACUUUUAUUGAGUAAAAGUUUUCGAGAAAUUGUCAAUUGUUUUGAUAAACUUUUAAAAUCGGAUGAUAAUAAACCGAAUAGAUUAAAUUUACUUGAAGCUAUUUUGGUUGGUGUUAGUAAACAUGAACAAUUGUUAGAAAUAUAUGAACAUAUUGUUGAUUAUCUAUGGUCAAAACAAUUGGAUACUAAUCUGAGGCUAAUAUUUUUUUCAUUUCUAAAUAAUAAUUUAGAUUUUUUAGAAGAUUGGAAAAUUGAACGUUUGUGCUUUCGAAUGAUUCGUAAAUUACAUUGUUUAUGCUGUGAACCAUCACUCUUAUUCGAUAUUUUAGCUAAAGGUUUAACUAAAUUGGAAAAUUCUAAUACUGUUCUAUGUUCAAUGGUUGAUUCACUUUGUUCUGUAGAAUGGUCCAAUGAAAAUGUCACAUGUUUAUUGGAUAUUUUCAGUAAUUAUAACUUACAACGAAAAUCAAUGGAAAAGAUAUUGGAAAAAGCUUUAUCGAAAAUUAUUAUUUCAUGGAAAUUAGAUAAAUUACCAGAUAAUUUUGUACAAAGUAUUCUAUUGUUUGCAUUUCCGAGAUAUAUGGAAUUUUUAUUUAUACAAAUUACACGACUUAUCUAUAGUACAAGUAGUAGUGAUAGUAGUAGUUCAUCGGAAACAAUUGAAAUGAUACGUGGUCAAUUAAUGAUGAAAAUAUUUGCAUUAGUGAAAGCAAAUGAACAUUUUGGAAAAAUUAUUUUUGAAACGAUUAAGUGUUUAUCCAAAUCAUUGAAUGGAUCAGAAUUUUAUUAUACUAUUUUAAUGACUUUACUGCCUAUUCGUAGUACUCAAACUCAAGCCACUCAAUUACUGACUUCCUCUAUUUUGACGGGAUUUACUGAUAAUCAUUUGGUGUUAGAGUCGUCGUUUCUUCGAGAUUUAUGCCGAUUGCCGGAUGAUCCUAAAGAAAUUAUCCUCAAGCUUAGUGAAAAUUGCACUUCAAAACAAUGGGAAUUUACUGUUCAAGGAAUGACUUUACUUGGUUUUACUCUUCUUCGAGCUGCAUGUUCAUCUUCAACUGUUUUUACUGCUCACAAUAAAUCAAGUGGACGUUUAUCAAAAUCAUUAUCAACUUCACCUUUUCAAACUCAUGAUACAUUGAAAUCACGUAUUUUAUCUUCUGGCUUAGAUUUACUUCUGCAUAUUUUCAAGCAUUGUCCUUGUUCACGUGAUGAGAUUAUUACAAUUAUUGCAAAUCUUAUAUGGAGUGAAUCAAGUCGACCUAUAGCUCUAUAUGCCUUGGAUCUUCUUAGUAAUUUAGUCGCUGUAUUCCCAUUGGAGGUGGCUAUUCGAGCUGAUCGUUUAAAUCCAAUCAUUGAUUCUAUCGGAUUAAUACCAUUGUCAAUUUCAACUGCAUUAGUACACGCCUUAUUACCAUUGAUACGUGCUGGUAGUUUACUAGAAUUAAGCUGUAAUGGUGAUAAUCAAACAAAUGAUAAUCCAUUUCAUCAAGUUCGUAUGCGUUUAAUCAGUAAUUUAUGCAAAGCUGCUCAAUCACCUAGAAUAUCUAGUCGAUGUGUAGCAGUAGCUUGUCUGAUGCUUUUAUUAAAACAUUUAAAAGUAUCAGUGUCAUCAUUUCGUUCAGCAUCACAAUAUUCUUCAUCAUCAUCAAGUUCACUAUCACAACCAUUUGUUUAUUCACAAUCUCAAGCAACACAAAGAAAUCCAUUAGUGUUAUUUAGUCAAUUACAAUCGACACAGAUUGCUCAACAAGCUGUCCUAUUACCAUGUGAUAUUGUACAAAAUGAAAUUUUAUGCACAGAAAUUAUCAGUAUACUUCAUCGUAUUAUAUUUUCAUCAUUUUUCCGAUCUCAACCAGGCAGUUUAUUAGCUGAUCCAGAGAAUAUAGUCAAGUCUAAUAUAUACUGGGGUUUAUGCGAAGUGGUCACACGUAAUCGAGGUCUAUGUGAACCUGUAUUAAAUUUAUACUUACGUCUUAUUACUGGUUGUUUAGCGCCGAAUUUUUUGAAAGCAUUAAAACAACGAUCAUCUGGUGUACAAAAUUCCACACAAACUAAUGCAGAUUUUAUUCAUAGUCCACCAUUUAUUUUAACUCAAUUAGUUGAUUCCAAUCCAAUUGGUAAUGAAAUUCUACGCACUGAACAUCCGGAUAUUUUAAUUUGGUGUCUACAACUCAUUUUAACUUUACCAAUAUUUAAUUUAUCCUGGAAGCGAUUACAUAGCCGUGAGAAUUCCAGCAAUGAAAGUGAAUUAUCACAAAUUUCUUCCAGUGAAACUACUAGUCAAUUUACACAAUCCACAUUAGACAAUUCUAUACGAUGUGGUCGUUUGGUUACUUAUCCUUUAUUUUCAAAAGCAGUUAAUUUAUUGAUUUCUAUAUCGGACUCGUUACGUCUUCUACCAAAAGAAGAUUUCGGAUUGACUACAGAAACUGAUUUUAGUUCAUCAACUAUUGGAAAAUUAAAUCGUGAUCGUGUUCAUCUAUUGAUUAAUAUUUAUGAUGCAUGUUUAGAAUUUGAAUUGAAAGAUCCAUUAGGUUGUGGUGUAUCACCACAUACUACUACUACCACUACUACUACUACUACUACAACUAAUGAUAAUAAUCUUCAAUCACAAGUUCCCAAUCAGACUUCUGUUGGUCAACCAGCAUGGAUUCGUAUUCGUCAAUUAUUUGCUAAACGUUUGAAUUUAUUGAAUUUACUCAGUGGGAAAAGUGGUGGUGGACAUGUUACAUUGAAUCAAAACUACGGUAUUUUAUCAUCAAUAUCACGUCAUAGUUCCGAUUCACGAUGUGGUCUUCUCAUAAUGAGUUUAAUUUCAUUAUCUCAGACAAAUUUAAAAAGUAUCCUUAUUGCAAGUAUCAAAUCAGAGUCGGUGAAUCCAUUAGCUUGUCAUGUUCUACAAACUAUUGCGAAUCGUUUAAAUCAAUUUACACGUUGUGCUGAAGGAGAUAUUCCUUGCGCUUAUCGUGAUGCACUAAUUAACGAGUUGGGACCAAUUAUGAAAUGCGUGAUUCGUUUUUACCAUCAUAAACUAAUGCAAAAUGAUCAUCAUUACAAUACAUUUCCUAGUCAUAUUCAAUCAACUCAUGCUUUAUCUACUGUUGCAACUGCCACUACUACUACUACUACUGGUACUUCAGAAGACAAUGAACAACUAGUCCACCAAUCAGAUACAUUGAAAAUUCGUUCAAUCUCUUCCAUGGCUUCAAUUGCAUUACAAGUUGUCAAUAUUGGUAUUAUAUUAGCAUUGCAUUAUUUAGGUAUUCAAAGAUUGUAUAAAUUAUGUCAACUUAUUUAUCCAAUAGUGAAUCAUCCUGAUUAUACUGAACAAAUGUUAAAUAAUAAUCAUAGUCAUAAUAAUACCGAUGUGUCAUAUGAUUCCGAUGAUAAUGUCGAUGAUGAAUUGUCGGAAUCAAUGAUUGCUGAGAUUACACCAGCUCAAUCUCUUUCAUCUCUUAUUAAAUUAGUGAAGUCAUGGGUAACCAAAGUGUUAAACCCAACCGGGGCUAUUCAUUCAUCCACACAAAAAUUAACUGCUGUCAAUUUUCCUCAUGCUAAAGAUCUGGCUACUUUAUUACCACUACUCAUAAAAUUAUGUCGUGCACGUGCAUCGAUUGGUUCUGAAUUGACCAUUCCAGAUGUGAAUAAAAUCAAUCCUUAUUCAGGUUUAUCUCGUGUUUUAGCUUGGCUUUUACGUUUAAUGCGUACUCCUAUUCCAUUGCGUAAUUAUGCAUCAACUGAAGUACAUAGUACCAAUGUGAUUGCUAUAUCAUCACGUGUCCAACUAAUUAAUCAAGCUAUUUGGUUAGCUCAUCUCAUUGGAUCAAAUUCAUUAAAUCGUAAUUCAGAAAAUCCGGAUAAUGAUUUAUCAUUGGAUGAUUUAUUGCUUGCAUUAUGUAAUGAUUUGACUGUUGUUUUAGGCGAUCUAUCCGAUGUAAAGGAUGUAACUUUUGUGCCGGAUGAUAAAGAAUGCACAGUCACUACUUAUCCAUUGGUAACUCGUUCUUCUGCUCUAUCAAUUUUACCAUUGAUUUAUGCAUCUAUUAAACAUUCAAUUCAUGAAUAUGAAUGGUUCUUAACAAAUAUGUCUAUUGAUUAUGCUGGUCGUUUAGAUUUGAAUAAUGCGAAAAGUGGUGGUGGUGGUGAAUCUAAAGAUAUUGAAAUGAAAUUAGAUGAUGGCAAUGAAAAAGAAGAAGCACUUUGUUUACGUUUAAUUAGUCUUGGAGAAAUUCUAGCUCAAUUAUUACAAACAGCUUUACCAGCGCCAAGUGCUCAUGUUGUUACAUUAUUGGAAAUUGGUGCAUCAGUUUUUAAUUUACUUAGCCGUUUAACAAAAUAUUUUUUACGAAUUGUUCGAUUGAAAUAUGGUCGAUUCCCAGUGAUUUUUGAACGAUUAGUUCGUGUUUACGGUAGAGAAGUUGCUCCACGUGCAUAUUCAUUAUUUUCUUAUAUACAGAAUUCAGAAAGUGAAAAGAUUAAAGGUCUUCAAGAAAACAAAAAUUCAAAGAAGAAAUCAAACGAGGAAGAUGAGUGUGAAACUAAAAAGUCAAAAUCUACUGGAUCGAUUUCUCAGUCAUUGAUUUCUCGUUCAAUUAAAGAUUCACGUUUAAUUCCACAAUUGAUCUAUGCAAUUGAACAAUAUGAACGAUUUUUAAUGCAACUAUCGAAAAAGUCUAAAGUGAGCAUAGUGAUACAUACACCUUUUAAACUUUAA